GGCUCCCAGGGAGAAAGAAGCGAUCAGGCAAGCGUCCCAGCUGCUGUCCUGCUCUGUUCCACACUGCUGUGCGUCACAGAGAGAGUUUUGUCAGUGUGUGAGGGAGAAAGUGCACAUGGGCAUCGCAGAGAAGCGUGCUGUCUCCACCACACAGGAAUAACUUUUUACAGUUCUUUUUGGUUAGAAGAUAAAAGGCAGCAACGACUGACUGCAUGAGGGGAGUUGACGAGCUGCUGAAUCCUGCCUGUUCUUCAACCCUGUUUGAUUUCCAGGUUUCUUGGUUGACUUGUUUACUCAUCUCCCUCUGAGUACUUUGUACUUCCAUGACAGGGAGUCAAGAGGUGACUUUCUAACUGCUUGCAAAGGAAUUUGAAAAGUAGCAGAGACUUUCUCCCUCUGGCCUGUCACCCUUUUGUCAUCUUGUGUUUUUAUCCUUUCAUUUGAUCAAUUGUCAGAAAAACCGAGGCAGAAUGGACACCUCGUUUCAAUUAGAUACAGACUACAAUCACACCUACGUUGACGAACAUUUCUACUAUGUGGACCAUGUUGAUGGUUUUGGUAUCACUAUGGCCAUUCUCUACCUGGUGGUUUGCAUCGUAGGGCUCGCUGGGAACACUCUCGUCAUCGUCGCCAUUUUAAAACUGGACAAAAUGUCAUCUUCCACAACAGUGUAUAUCUUCAACCUGGCACUGGCCGAUGUACUCUUCAUGGUCGGUCUGCCCUUCAUUGCCACCCAGAACUUCCAGAACCACUGGAUGUUUAGUGACAUUGCGUGCAAAGCGGUCAUGGUGCUGGACGGCAUCAACCAGUUCACCAGCGUCUUCUGUCUGACAGUGUUGAGCAUUGAUCGCUACAUGACACUAGCUGAGCCGCUUCGGUUUGCCCGUUUUAGGACGCCACGCUGCGCCAAGAUCGUGUCGGCGUUUCUGUGGCUGUUCUCCUUCCUCACCAUUCUCCCCAUGGCAGUCCACUUCUCAUCUGUUGGAGGCAUAUGCAUGCCAGACCUCGUCUCGGAUACCUGGCGGCUCGGUGUCCUCUCUUACACCUUCGUUAUGGGCUUUGCUUUGCCCUUCACUGUAAUGACAGCCUCCUACACGGCGCUGCUGCUUACCUUGCGGUCCCAGUGCCUCAGAACCUCAACGCCAAACCAAGAGGUUCACCGGAUGGAGCGACAGGUCACCAAAAUGGUAGUGACGGUGGUGGUUGUGUUUGGCAUGUGCUGGCUGCCAUUUUACACCUUCAACUUCUGCUCUCUGUAUCAAAGCGGCCUGGUCCUGACCUUCACCAGGGCUUUUGAGUUUGUGGUGCUGCUGUCCUACUCGUGGAGCUGUGCUAACCCCAUCCUCUACGCCUGCCUUUCCGACACCUUCAGGAGGCACUUCCGCACCCUGCUCUGCUCUGUCUCCAAGUCAUCUCCCAGCAUGCAAUGCAACACUGAACGGUAUGACCUAAAUGAUACAGUGGUACAGGAUGUCGCAAUUCUGCUUUAAAGAGAAGGAAAACUCACUGUUGCCUGUCAUGACUUACUGCAUGCUCCUUUUGAACUUCUUUAAAUCCAUUUAUUCACUUGAUGGUUUGUAGAUAUGUGGUAAAUUUAGAUAUGGCUUCUCCACUUAACCUGGAUUGUACUGAAAGUACAUUAUUUUCCUCCAAAAAUAAAGAUGUACAUAUUUUGUACAUUGUUGUGCCUUAGGUUUGCAGAUUUGCUCUAUUAGUGAUUGUAUAUUGUGUCUUUAUGAGGAGAAUUCUGUUCAUUGCUGCCUCAACUGCUGAUGCCAAGCUGGAAGGUUUCCUGUGUCCUUCAUGAAAUGAAAAAAUGGACUUUCCAUUCUGUCUUUGGCAAAGAUUCUUUCACAGCAAAAGAAAUGCAAUAGAAUGAGAAAAUAUUCAUCAACAGCACAAUUCAGUUAGAUUUAGCUACUUCUCAUCACCCUUUCUGCAUUUGAAUACCAGGUCUUGAUAGAGUAAUGGUCCACCUCCUGCUCUGUGUGACUAAGUCCUGUUGUAUAAUUUCACUUCUAAGAACUCAGACCCCGGAGGCAACAUGCUCCACUGCAUCUCUUGUUGUACUGCUUUUCAGCAGAACUAAUAAAAUGCGACACAAAAGGGAUAAAGUGUGGACAGGUGGAGUGUAAACAGAAUAACGCUGGCCACAUGCCUUUGGCUGAACAACAGCGCAAACAUGCAGAUGAAUACUCAGCAAACAGCAUAUCCACGACUCCCACAGCUGGAUUAUGUCCUUGUGGCUUUAAGUGUAUGAGGGCAUCAGAUGAGUGUGUUUGUGCUCGGGUGGCCACAAGCGUGCUCCUGCGUAUUUGUGUGCAGGCGUUUUCACAUGGGAACCAAAUGUGUCUCAGGCUUGUAUUCUGUUUGAUGUUGAUAUAUGAAAGAAAGGCACUUAAGCAGAUUCCCAGGUUUAUUUGUGUGCAUCUGUUUGCUUCAUGAACUGUAUAUUAUUUCUGUGUGUAAAAUACCAGCAUGUGCUCUUUUACAGCUCCUAUGUCAGUCAUUCUGUAAAUAUCUGCUUUAUUCCCCACGUGGGGAGUUUUUAUCUUGAUGACAUUGAUUUUAGGGUUAUCCAAUGUUAUUUGAAAGGAUUUCAUAAAUAUGUACAGCAGAUAAUCCAUCAAUUUUGAUUAUACAUAAACAUAAGAAUAACCAGAACUGAGGAGACUGUCUCAUAACAGUUAAACUCUUUCUUUAAUUUAGUAAUUCCUUGCUAUAAAGCGUCUUUCCCCUGUCAGGUAUGAUGAUUUCAACUGUGGAAGGCAACUAUACUCAGUCAAGCAAUUAUAAAGCACCUGUAUUUUACUGUGUGUCAAUUUAUGCUACUUGAUAUAUGUACAUUUAUUUGACAGAUUGUGUUAGUAGCUAUCUUUCUACAUUAAAAUCUAUAAUCAAACCUUAAAAUAUCCAUAGUAUGUGAUGCACUAUUGUGGAUUAAUGUAUCCAACAAUACAUGUCGUAGUUAUAGUUUAUUCCACCUUAGCCUGUACUGUAACCUGAUGUACAUGUCACUCAGUCGGUCAUAAUACUGCAUACUCAAAAGGCAUGCCAUACUAUUAUUGAUUGACCUUUGCCUUGGUCUUUGCCUUCAAAUAUUAUGAGCACAUCGCUGGCAAUACUUCUGUGGUAAUUUUAAUUAGAGCAGAGUUGUAUUGUAAAUACAGUCCAUCCAAUCACAGUAUUCAUCCAAUCAACAAAUAAAUGCAAUUUAAACGGACAUAAGUAAGUAUUUUUUGCCCAUAAAGGUGCAGAGAAACAACACAGAGGACAACUGGAUUCUCAGACCAGAUACUGGCAGUCAGUUAUUGGUUAUGUAACUAUGCAUGAAUAAGAAAAUGAUGUCAGCGACAAUCUCUAUUGUGGUGAUAGAAACAUAAACCACAUGUCAAAAUGAGUACAAGAGUUGUGAGUGCUUGUUUUGAAAACAGACUAUCAGUAUAAACCAGUUACGCCACAUCUACACAAAAGGAAACAUAUGUUGUUACUGACGUGAUGAAUCACAUCAUGUUGCUUAGGCUUGGAUUUCACUAAUAUGGAUUAUAGCUACUUUGUCCUGUCAGUGCCUUUCCAGAUACUGUCUAAAUAAAUUUGCAUUCUAUGCUUUUUUUCUGCUUUCUAAAGUAUUUUAACGCAACAGAAUGAAUCACAACUUACCCACAUGUCACUUUGGGGUUUUUUUUUUUAUCAUCUGUUCUAUCUCAUGUGUCAAAUUGAAUGCCAGGGAAAUAGUUGUGUGUAUCAUAGUGUGAGAAGGAUUCAUAACCAUAUUUGGAAAUGACCAGUGAAUGUGUUGUAUUUGGCUGAAGCUAGAAAAAUGCUGCUUGCUCAUCUAAUGCAUCUGUAUUAAUAACUUGAUCAUGUAACAUAUGAUUAUAAACCAGUUUUGUAUAUUCUGAUGAUGAUACUUCUGUAUUUUUACAAUGUUGUAUGAAAGUUUAAUCAAAUAAAGA